UUCAUAAUUGACUGUUGACAAUUGACAUUGACAUUUAUGUUUUGAUGUCACUUCGUGAUUAUUGUUUUCUCUUUUUAGUUGAACCCUCAUUUGCCGUGGUAAAGUGGGGUUAUUUCGAAAAUGGGGAAAGGAAAUAAUAUGAUUCCAAAUGGCCAUUUCCAUAAGGAUUGGCAAAGAUUUGUUAAGACUUGGUUCAACCAGCCGGCAAGAAGACAACGUAGAAAGCAGAACCGCAUUAAGAAAGCCAAGGCUAUUGCUCCUCGUCCAUCAGCCGGCCCUCUUCGUCCAAUUGUGAGAUGUCCUACUGUUCGUUAUCACACUAAAGUCCGUGCUGGAAGAGGAUUUACACUCAGGGAGAUCAGGGCUGCAGGACUUAACCCUGCUUUUGCUAGGACAAUCGGUGUCUCUGUUGAUUCACGUCGCCGAAACAAAUCCGUUGAAUCAUUGCAAAUAAAUGUUCAGAGAUUGAAAGAAUAUCGUGCACGUCUUAUAUUGUUCCCCAAGGGCAAGAAGGUGCUGAAGGGAGAGGCAAAUGAGGAAGAGCGUAAACUAGCCAAACAGUUGCGUGGUCCACUCAUGCCUGUUCACCAACCUGCUCCUAAAUCUGUGGCUAGAGUGAUUACUGAAGAAGAAAAGAACUUCAAGGCCUACCAGUACCUCAGAGGAGCACGCUCAAUAGCGAAACUUGUGGGAAUAAGAGCCAAGCGAUUGAAGGAUGCAGCUGAGAAUCCAGAUGAUGUGACAAAAGCACCCGCUGCGAAAGAACCUAAGAGUAAGAAGUAAUUAAUAAAAUGAAAUUACAUCAACAA